CGCCAACAGCCAGCUGUUUGUCAAAUUGUCAAUAAAAAUGGCUAUGGCUGCGGCCACUGCGAAAAAGCAAGAUUUGCCCCCAGCAGGGGGCUACAGGCCCAUAAACUUCAAGAGAGUUCCCGCAAAAUCAUAUUUCAGCGGUUGGGCCCUUUUUGGUGGCUAUAUCGGCAUGACCGCAGUCGCAAGUUAUCUUUACUACUUGAAUUGCAAACAAGUACAAACUGAUGAUAUUGAAAUGAGGUCUGGUCGCUUCGCUAUUUUCCCCUUGUUGCUCGCAGAACGAGACCGCGAGUAUUUGAAGCAGCUCAGGCGAAAUCGGGACGAGGAGGCUAAAUUAAUGGCAAAUGUCGAAGGAUGGGAAGUUGGCACAUAUUAUGGAGAGCCAUUGUACAAAUCCUUUGAUAAGGACAAGUUGAUUGAGCCCAUGAUGCAGGGUUAUUAUGUGCACGCACCUAUGAAAAGCUUCAAAGAUAGGGCUUUUAUAAGACAGUGGUCCUAAGCCGUUGUUGCGUUGUAGUAAAAACAGGUCUUAUUUCAUUUUUUGUUAAUAUAUUUGGGAAAACGCA